GCACCUCCCGGAAGGUGGAGGGCGGAUCUGCGUGCGGGACCUUGUGCGGGCGCGCGCCGGGGCUUCUCUGCGCCGAAUGCAAAACCCUUUAGCACCUCGCAGUUUAGGGGCGCUGUCCCUUCUCUUCGGGGCGGGUCUCUGCGCGUCCGUAGCCCGACCUUCCCUUUGUGCGGCUGGACACUCAGUAUCUUCCUUAUUACCUGGGGGAAACUGAGGCACAGAGCGGCAAAGCGCACCCCCCGCCCCCGCCAGAAGUAAGCAGAUGCUGCAGGGCCUCCUCCUCCCAGGGGCGCCCAUGGGGAGGGAGGAGGGAGACCUACCGAGGACUUCAGCCUCUAAGAUGCCCCUCCUGGUGAGAGAGAUGAUGAAUCUGCUCUGCUCCAUUUCUGAGAAGAGGAAAAUGAAGGCAGCCAUCAAGCACUCUGGGAGGGGCGCCCUGGUCACAGGGGCUGUGGCUUUUGUAGGCGGUUUGGUAGGAGGCCCACCAGGACUAGCUGUUGGAGGGGCAGUAGGGGGUCUUUUAGGUGCCUGGAUGACCAGUGGACAAUUUAAGCCAGUUCCUCAGAUCUUAAUGGAGCUACCACCGACUGAGCAGCAGAAACUCUUUAACGAAGCUUCUGCCAUCAUCAGGCACCUGGAUUGGACCGAUGCUGUGCAACUGACCACGCUGGUUAUGGGCAGUGAGAUUCUGCAGCAGCAGCUACUGGGAAUGUUGGUGAACUAUGUCAGCAAGGAGCUCCAGGCUGAGAUUCAGUACGAUGACUAAGCUGUUCUUCCCACGAAGUGGAGUAACUCAGGAAGUGCCUGGGAGUUAGGAAAGCCCCAUGUGCAGGACCUGAACAUGAGCUCAGCCUCCCGUGAGAGAGGUUCCUGCUGUGCUGAAUCAUGCUUGGAAAUUGUUUUGAAGAUGUGUUUUUUGGCCUGUGGGUUACUGUGCAUGGAUGUUCCUUCUGUGUGAGCUGGGGAGAGUGCUCUUGCAGUGCCUUGGGUUUUGUAAACCUCAUCUCAAACUGGAGGCAGGAAGUUCACCUGGUCAGUCUUCUCCCCUAAGAAGAAUGACUGACUGGUCUGAAGUGUUGCUGCAGAAAAGUCUUCCCUUUGGGACCCAGGCUGAAGUCACCUCUUCCUCUUGGAUGGGCCCCUUCCUGGAUAAGUGACUCCCAACUGGCCUCAGAGAGCAGGGCAUCAAGUGUGCUCAGUACAUUGUCCCACCACUGCAGACCUGAGCCUACCCUCUCUUCAUCUAUAGUUGUGAUAGUUCUUUCUAAAUCUAGAACUUUCAGUAAAACACUUUUUGUUUUCUUUGUGGUAGGUAGGAUCAUAAACUAAGAAUUGUUCCUACUCUGAAGUUUCUCCUUUAUUCACUUAGUUUCAGAAUUACAUCUCAAUCAGUCUAUCAUUAAAUUACAAUAAACUUUUU